AUCAGAACAUCACCAGGCAAAGCACUUCCGGGUUUCCGGAGCAGAUGCUUCCCUUAGCAACGACGGCGCUCUCAUUCAGUCCUAGCGCCGUGCCGCUCUAGGCUUGUUUUAGCCUGCCCUCUCCAUGACCUCACUGUGGGACGUUCCUCACAAGCACUUCCGGGUACCAUGCGGCGUAAGGAUUACGGGAAAGGCAGAAGACCCGAAGGCGAAUGGUUUAGCAGGAGGCUGCCUGGUCUCCGUCGCUCUCAGGAUGCUGCGGCGGAAGCCGACGCGCCUUGAGCUGAAGUUGGACGACAUCGAGGAAUUCGAGGGCGCCAGGAAAGAGCUCGAGAGUCGCAAGAAGCAGCGUGAAGAGGUGGAUGUAGUGGGAGCCAGCGAUGGUGAGGGAGCUCUAGGACUGAGUAAUGACCACAAGAGCCGGGAACAGAUGAUCCAUGACCGCAUUGGCUACAAACCACAACCCAAACCAAAUAAUCGUUCUGCUCAGUUUGGAAAUUUUGAAUUUUAGAAAAUGGGAACUUUCAAAGUAGGAAUCCAGCCAUGGUUAUGGAAGGCUGGUUUGGCUUGUCAUUUCUGAGAUUUGUCCAACCAAUGGAAGCCUUUCUCUUACGUGAAACAGACUGGAUUUAUUUCAUUUGAAGCUAUGUUCCAACCUUAAUUACUGUGUUUUAAAUAAAUGUAUGCUUUUUAA